AUGCACCCGGCCAUGGCGGCGGCGGCCUUCUUCCACGGCGGAGACGAGGAGAAGGCGGGGGUGGUGGUGCAGGGCGGCCUCAAUGCGGCGCGGCCGGCCUUCGUCACCCAGCAGCUCUUCCCGACGACGGCGGCGACGCAGCAGCAGGCGACGGAGCUCCCAUGGGGCGGGGCGGCUGCGCACUGGGCCCGGCCGGCGUCGAGGACCAAGAGCCGGCGCGGGCCGCGGUCGCGGAGCUCGCAGUACCGCGGCGUCACCUUCUACCGCCGCACCGGCCGCUGGGAGUCCCACAUCUGGGACUGCGGGAAGCAGGUGUACCUGGGAGGAUUCGACACUGCACAAGCCGCUGCAAGGGCGUACGACCAGGCGGCGAUCAAGUUCCGCGGCGUGGAGGCGGACAUCAACUUCGUGCUGGACGACUACAAGGAGGACAUCGGCAAGAUGAGCGUCUUGAGCAAGGAGGAGCUGGUGCAGGUGCUGCGGCGGCAGGGCGCCGGGUUCGUGAGGGGCAGCUCCCGGUUCCGCGGCGUCACCCUGCACAAGUGCGGCAAGUGGGAGGCCAGGAUCGGCCAGCUCAUGGGCAAGAAGUUCGUGUACCUUGGCCUGUAUGACACGGAGAUGGACGCUGCAAAGGCCUACGACAAGGCGGCGCUCGAAUGCAGCGGCGAGGAGGCGGUGACCAACUUCGAGCCCAAUGCGGCAGCGGCGGUGUGCGACGGCGAGCUCGGCCUGCAAGCUUGGGGCGGCGAGCCUGAUCUCGAGCUCAGCCUGGGCUGCUCCGGCGGCGGCGAUUCCUCCAUGGUCACCAGCGGCGACACCCUCCACACCGCAGCCGUGCCGGGCAGCCGGAGGACGAGCCUGACGUUCGAGAUGCCGGAGGAGGAGGAGGCGACGGCGCCAUGGCACCCCGGCAGGACCAGGAGCAUCUGGAUGAGGCCUUCGCCGGCGUCGAUAACACCGGCACUGAGGUGCCCGGACGGCGAUCACCGCCCCACCAUCCCGCUCAGCAGCAUGCUCCAGAUGGGCCAGAUCGGCGGAGGCGGCAGGGCAGAGCCACACAUGCUCGGGUGGCCCAUGGGUGGCAGCGAUCGUUGGCAGCCGUACGCCGCCGAGGCAGCAGCAGCAGCAUCAUCAGGAUUCCUGCCGGCGCCGGGGCUGGGAGGCGUCCAGCGGCAGAACCACCACCGGCCGGGCAGCAGGGAGCAACUGUGGCACUGA